AAUAAUUAAUACUCAAUCUAAAGAAACAACAAAGAAAAAAAAGAUAGAUUGGCCAAUAGCCGAGGCACUUUGUAUUUGGAUAUUUUUGGUUGAGAGUAAACAUGUAUAUUUUGUCAGGCCAAGUCGUAGAACGUACGAGUAUGUCACUUUUUCACAAAGACAUGCUGUGAUUCGUGAUCAGGAGAACGAAAUACAAUAUGCUUCAUUAGCUACAAGUAAUAAAAUACAACAUGUUCAAGAAGAAGAACAUGACUUACUUUCUCAGAACUCUUAUUGGUCACGUUAUUAA